AUGAUUAUCACCGCGAACGACCAGCUGUGCGUCACCGGGCAGAUCAACUUUAUAGGGAAGCUCGACAACGCGCAGGCGGGGCGCCUGAACCGCAACAAAAACAAGAUUAUCUGGUACCCUCCCAGGGGCGGUUUGCCGGAUGACGUCACCGAGGUUUCGUUCCAGUACUCUAUCGGUUUCGACUAUUUCGACGCGGCGGGGCGCAAGCAGACCGCUACCAGCAGCCCUGCUGACGUCACAAUUCAGUUCAGGGACCCGCCCGGCGGCGACGACACCGACUACUGA